CCCGCCAAGAGUAACCAAUACGAAGCGCUACAACACAAGCGCAUGUGCGAAGUAAAACCUAACCAAACUUUACCAUAUUCAUUUUGGAAGUUCGGUGCGUUCAGCGAUGAAAAGUUUUAAAAUAUUUUCAUCUUUUUGUUUAAUUCUUUGUGGUGAUUUAUUGUGACUUCAAUUAUGUCUUCGGACGAAGAACAUCCUUUUCAGUUAGUACAUUUUGUGAAACCUGGACGAGAAUCAAUACGAGAUAUUGAUAUUGUUCCAACCACGUGGAUGCAAUUCAUCAAAGGCAAAUGCAAAGCCAAAUUCAUGCCUGAUCCUUAUACGAAUGAAAACGUAAAGCUUCUACGAAAUUUAGUAAAAAAACAGUUGCCUCCUCCUGCAAAUUGGCCUACGUAUACUGUUAGGAUCAAAGGAAAUUCUAAAACUUACAAGGAGGCUGAAAAGCGUUUAGAAGUGCUAAAAUUAGAGGAAUUUGCGUUUUCUACAGAACCUGAUAUGCCACCGCUAGAGAAAGCUAAACAAGCUGAAAAAAAAAUUAAAGAUAAAAGAUUUUCAGUCACUACAGAAGUAAAAAACCAUUUAAAAACUGUCCCAGAUUUGAAAACAGAUUCCGAAGAGUCGGAAGGUAAAAAUGGUCAUAUUGCUACUUCUACUUUCCAGAAUGAAUCUCGAAAAUUUAACAUAUCGACAGAACAAGACUUCAAGAAAAACGGAGACUCUGCGGAUGCUUUGACGAAGAAUCCACAAGCUGUGCAGUUAUUAAAUUCUGAUAAUACAGAAAGUGAUACUGGGGACAAAAAUAUGUUGUCAAAAAAGCAAAAAUCCUCUGUUAAAUUAAAACCAUUUAGGAAGAGAAGUACUAAAACAAAUACAAGUUCAGUACCGAAACUUAAAACUAAUUCAGAACCUUUAAAUGGAGACUCUGCGGAUGCUUUGACGAAGAAUCCACAAGCUGUGCAGUUAUUAAGUUCUGAUGAUACAGAAAGUGAUAGUGGGGACAAAAAUAUGUUGUCAAAAAAGCAAAAAUCCUCUGUUAAAUUAAAACCAUUUAGGAAGAGAAGUACUAAAACGAAUACAAGUUCAGUAUCGAAACUUAAAACUAAUUCAGAACCUUUAAAUGGUGUAGCAGAAAAAUCUAGGGCGACAAAAUCUAUUAGCGAAGUAAUUAUCAGAAAACUGGAUUCGAUGGCUGUGGAUAUAAAAGAAAUAAAAAAAUGCCAAUUAAAGCAGAUGCAGAAUGGUUUUGUGAAGCAAAUAGAAAAAGCAAUUAUGUUUGAGGAAGAAAAUCGUCUUAAAUUACCAUUCAAACAGAAGGAAGAAUUUGAAAAGUUUGAUAAUGAUUUAUCAGUAGACAGUGAAUUACACGAAAACUUUAAAAAUUCUUUACCAAAAGAGUUUGACGCAAAAUUGCAUUUACGAGGAAGCAUAAAAAAUAUUAUCAAAAAAUACUUAAAUAAAGAGUUGAUAAUGCAAUAUACAGUUUCCAAAAAGAAGGAGGGAAGAAGUUUGUUUUGUGACACAACUAUGUAUAAGUGUAUGUAUGGAGUUUUAAAAGAAACUCAUGUUGACAUUACAUCUGGAGGAAAGCAACAAAUAUCUGAGAAAUAUUUUGCUUCAGAAUUAGGGACUGUUUUCUCAUCCUCAAAAGACUGGGAGGGAGGUAGGAUAAGCAGGCAAAAGAAAUCAGUAUCAAAAAAGAAUAAACGGCUUGCAGAAAUUAAAGUUAAUGGAAACGACGACGAAGAAAGCUUUAAUGGAGACGAUCAGCAAAAGAUUAAUCAGGAGAGUGAUACAGAGAGUGAUCAGGAGAGUAACAAUGAAAGCAAUGGAGAACACGUUUCAGAUGAUUCUUAAAAAGAAUUUGCAAUGUCUUUAUACAAAUUUUGUUUUUUUUUAAUUGUAUUUGCAAACUAUUUUAAGACAAUCUUUAAGAAUGUAUGUGAAAAGAAUUUGAUUUUUAACUGCAGUAUUAUUAUAAUAAUAAUUAUUUUUUAAAACAUUUUCUUAUUAUAUCUAAAAAAAACUAAAA